UAGUUGUUUAUUACAAUUGCCUUUUUCAAAUGUGUUUACAAUAGGUUACUAGGUGCAAAGGUGUGGUUGGCUCCAAAAUCAAUUUGGUUGCAUUUUUGUCCCUGAACAUUAUUUUACAGCAGCAUGGUAACUAUGGAGUAUCUCAAAGAAACAAAUAAGAGGAUAGGUGGUGUAGAUUCUUGGACCUCUGGGUAAACUUACGCCCUCAAGUUCUUUGACAAGAAUCUGUAAGGUCCAAGACUGCACCCUGCAACAGUUUCAAGGGCAUGGUAUUGGAUGGUCGACAGAAUAUCUAACAAGCUCCUCCCACAACAUCGGCAGCCAUUUUAAGGUACGUUCCUUAGAUACCAUGCGCAAAAAUGUUUCCACACGUUGGACAUUGAAAUGGAGGCCCGUAGAACUGGAGGCGGGUCUUUCUCCCCAUUCGCAGUCGUCUCAUAGGUUCCAGUCGUCGGGUGUCACGAAAUAUCCCGGGUUGAGCCACAUUGUUUGGUGAAUGUGCACUGAGUUGGGCUAACAUCGAACCAUUGAAACUUUUAAAUAAUAAACGGUGUUACAAGCAUCUUUUACUUGAAGUGAAAGUUUUGGAAUAUCCUGCGUGCGCAUUGCGCAACGGGGAAGGUGCAGUCGUACAAAGGAAAACGGCAGCAGCAGGAAGCCGAACGCGACGCUUGGAAGACCAAGGACAAAACGGUGAUGACAAGAUUGAGUUUGCUUUUGGAAUGUAUACUAGCAUAUUAGGAUCUUUGGUCAAAUCAGCAAUAAUGUUCCCACUGAUAUGUAGUGGAUAAGUGGGAGGUAGGAGAAUUAGCCCUUGGAGGAGAACACCAGGAUGGCUCAAACAUGGAAUGCACUUCAGCAAGCACAGAUUCUGUCUAACCAUAGCCCGGACAAUUCUAUUGGAAGUAUGGACUGUAAUGGAAUGCCAGUGGAACCGGACGAGAGCUUUGCUCAUGAGAUAGAAGAGUUAAUUGAGAAGGAGAACUUACAAAGCAUGAUGGAUUUGCAAGACAUUGCUGAAUCAGACAUAAAAGAUUUGGAGUCUGAUUCUCUGCAGCACACAUGCUAUGAAUCAUCUUGGCAAGAUGUAAUGGGUUCAGACGACCUUGAACAAGAUAAGCCAGGGGAUGAAGGAGAAAAUGAUGGUAAUGUGAUACCCUAUCCCUUGCCUAACUCUGUAGAGGUUGAAUCCAUACUGGAAGCACAUUCUGACAAGGCUGUAUUAGAACCUGCUUUUGAGACGAAUGCUAGUCUUGUUGAAUAUUCAGAUAUUAGCAGCUGCUCUGACACGGAAGGAAAUUUUGAUUGCAAUUUAAGUUCAUCCAUUGAUGUUAACAUGGGUGGCAUCCAGGCUGGGCAGCCUUCAGAUGAAGGAGACCUGAAUUCAAGUAUGCACUUACCUUCUGCUGAGGUCAAUAGUAUUGUGGAAGCAGGUUUGAGUGAAAUAAAACAACAGAAGGACACUGGACCUCCAGUGACCCCAGGCAAAAGCAGUGAUUGUGUAAACCAUACUGGCAGUGACUGUAGUGAGGGGCCACUUCUUACAAAUGCAGAAGUGUCUUGUAUGGAUGUACAAGGUUUGGACCAUAUGAUUAGUGCAGUACCUUUGUCAAAAGAAGGGCAAAUUUUGGAAAGGGAGAUGACUUGUGAUUUGGAAUGUUUUUUGGAUCACUGCAAAGAGCUUGGUACCUCUCAGGAUGGUUCCAAUUGUGCCUCAAAUCAUGCAAAUAUUGAUGCUUCUUUGACUUCUAAUGGGGGUGAAAACACUUGUCCAACCAUAGAUUCAAGUAUUUGCCAACUGGAAAGGACAACCCCAGUUGCUGAAAACAUGUCAAAACCUGAACUUGAAAAGACACCUGUGAUUUCUGGUGACGGAAAAGGUCCACUUGGUGACUACCAAUUAGAUUUAAUGGAUCCAAAUCCUGAAAAUAAAUCCUCAAAGCCCAACUGUCAAGAAACAAUUAAGAUAUAUGGCAAUGAAAAAGAUUAUUUUGAUGGCUCCUUAUUGGAAAGCAAUCAACCAGGUCCUGAAAGCCCAUCCACAAAACCCGACUUUCAAGAGAUAAUUGGGGUAUCUGGACAUGGAAAAAAAUCUCAUUACAGCUGUCAAAUGGAGAGCAAAAAACCCCAUCCUAAAACCACAUCCUCAAAAUCUGUCCAUGGAAAUUCUGUUCAGCUAAAUGCGAAAUGCUUUACAUCUGAUGAAGAACAAGUUGAGCGGAGUAGUUUUGGGUUCCUUGAGUCUUGUUUUGGUUUAAGUAGUGCAGUGCAGAACACUAAGCAACUGAAACACAUGGAACCUGCACAUGUAAACAAAGUCAAUGAGUGUAGUCUGUUUAAUUACAGUGCUUUUGAAUCUAAAAAUAAGAUGGAUGAGGGAACUGAUGUACCAAAAGAUCCACCACUACUUGGCACAGACCAAAUGUCCAAGGACUUCCUAGAUCCUGGACAGCAAAAAUUUCUGACUGACAUUGGUACCAUUACAAGCAAAGAUUCUUUAUCACAUUUAAGGACCCAAAAGAGAAAAAUGCAGCCUGUUGUUCUCCUUAAGACAACUGAGAAAAAAACUGGAAAGAAAUAUCAUUGCUUUGAGUGCCAAGAGUCAACACAAAGUGUAGAUGAUCUAAUUGAACACUACCACUGCUUGCAUUCUACUCAUAACUCUCAGUAUUGUCUCUCUUGUGAAAGUUACUUAACUGGUGGUAUAUUGACAGAAAAACAUGUCUGUGGAAAAGUCGAGCUUAAUGACAAGAAAAAAUCAUCCCUCUUGUAUACCAAAGUGCUUACUGAGAAGAAGGCAAAGUUCAUAUGUAGGUACUGUAAAAAAGCCUUUGUUCGACAACCAUAUCAUGAAGAACAUGAGCUUAAGCAUAGAGUUGUCACACAACAUAGAUGUGACCGUUGCGGAUUAUACUUUCCUAAUGCUCACAAAUGUCAAGGUCACAAGCGUAAAGUAGCAUGCACACCUUUGAUACUAGACCCUUUUUUACAGACUGCAGAUUACUCUGAAUCAAUCCCUGAAAAGAACGACAUACCAGAUGUGGUGGAAACAGUAGGCUCCAAUGUAGAACUUCGUAAUUGCUUUGUGAAGCUAAUGGAUGUGUGCAAGACAAGCCAAUCACCUGAACGAAUGCAUUGUCACAUUUGUGGCAAGAAUUUCAGACUCCGAGCGCAAUUGAAUGCACACCUUAGAUCACACUCGGAUGAGAAGCCCUUCAAGUGUGACAACUGUGAAAAAGCAUUCAAAUAUACUUGGAAUCUUAACAAACAUAAAAGAGAGCAAUGUUCUCAAAAGAUUGUCCCACAUGAAAAAUCUUCGCUUUCAGAUAGCAACUUCCCGCAAAAGUUUAAAUGUCCAAUCUGUUUUCGCAUUUUCAAGUACUCGUACAAUCGGACGCGUCAUUUGCGGCACCAGUGUCUCAAAGAAUACAUGAAAAAAGGCAAAGGAAGGAUUGGUGACAAGUAUCGCUGCCCUUUGUGUAAAGAUAUGUUUACUGUGGCUGGCAACCGCAAUAGACACAUUAAGCAAACUUGCAUUAAGCUUAAACUCUAUAGAGCCAAAGGAAAGGUAAAGAACAAAAAAGAGUUAGAGGAACUUAACUGUACCGAAAAAAAGGACAAAGAGUCACCAUUGACUACAUCCGUACAAAAAACAUCACGGUACAAAUGCACUUUCUGUCCAUCUGAGUAUUCUAGCAAGUCUGGUUACUACAACCAUUUAGCAAAGCACAAAUUGCUUGGACAUUGCAAAAAGGCAGUCAAACACAAACAUGCUAAUGCUGCUGAUUUGAAAAAAGAAGAAAGUGCUGAUAAAGGCACAAGACUUUCUUUCUCCUGUCGCUUCUGUGGAAGAGCCUUUGCUUCACCUGACUCUUUAAAAAAGCACUUACGACUUCAUAAAGGAAACAAACCUUUUCGCUGUUUAGACUGUGGCAAAAAUUUUGCCAGGCAUGGGCACCUAAUGGCUCAUAAAAAUGUGCACAGACGGAAUGUACAAUGUUCAGUCUGCUGGGAAGUUCUGCCGUCAAUUGGAGAUUUGUUAAAACACAGACAGUCCCAUCCUAAAAAAGGCAUGCUUAAAUGCCCUGAUUGCCCUUUGGAGUUCAAGUUUCCAGUAUUUCUGCUUCGACAUGUGGCUGUGCAUGAGAGGAGACGCAAACUUAAGGAACUUCUCCCUUCAAAGGACCAAGCUACACCUCACAAGGUAGAAGAAAUUUACAAAGAGGAGUUCAAAUGUGGUCUCUGUCAAGAAGCCUUUGUUGACUCAAAGGCACUUAGUGAGCAUUGUUUGACUCAUAUGCCUGGACCUUCUGCAUCCAAAUGUCAGUUCUGCAAACACCAUUUCUCAAGUCGUGCUGGACUUAUUCGUCACAUCCGCCUUCACACAGGUGAAAAGCCUUUUCCCUGUCUAACUUGUGGCAGGCACUUUCAUAGAAAGGAAGUUCUUAAAUUGCAUCAGGAAAAAUGUCAAAUAGAGGAACGGCCUCCAUUACAAACGUCAAGUACAAAGCAAAUAAAGGCUGAACAUAGUCUUGACACUGAUUUGAAAAAGACCGGCAAAGCCUAUAAUUGCUCAUACUGCCCACAUUCAUUUCGUUUUCCAAACAAUUUAAAACUCCAUGAGAGGGCACACUUGGCAAAGACAGUAUUUCCUUGUUCAAAGUGUGGGAAGUUUUACAGAAAACGAAAAUUUAAAGAUCACGUUGAACUCUGCAAUGGAGACAAGAUGAAACCUGCUUGCAGAAAAUGUGGGAAAAUUUUUACUCGAAAAAACUAUAGAAAUUCUCACGAAAAACAGUGCAAGGGCAUGCAGAACAAAACUGAAACCAAAACAGGAAAAGGAACAAAUGAGAACUGCAAAUUUCAGCAGCAAUGUCCAAAAUGCUUUAAAUGUUUCAGAUCUAGCAUUUUCCUCCAGAGACACAUAUCUCUUCAUUCAAAGGAAACUGCAUAUUCAUGCAUGCAUUGUGGACAGAAAUUUGACAGUGAGGAUCGAUAUUUGCAACAUGAAGCUUUUUGUGAUGGUGUGUCCAAGGAGAGUUUAGGAGGAUCAAUGUUUGCUGAAUUAAAGAAUCAGAAAGACAUCACUGUAGUUCCUGGAGAAAGUGGUGAGUCAUUUAAGUGCAAAUUUUGCACCAAGUCAUUCUUGAGAGCCAGAUACCUAAGGCGUCACAUUCUCACUCAUACAGAGGUCAAGCCAUACCGGUGCAAGACUUGUGAAAGUUGUUACUCACGAUAUGAUUAUUUAAAACUGCACCAAACCCGCUGCAGAGGAAAGCGCCAACUCGAGGUACGAGUUGAAAAGAUGAGUCUCAACAGCUUAAGCACAAGUCCCCAAAGUAAAACCCAGGAAGAUGGUGACUCAUUGAAAUGCAAAGUUUGCUCAAAGCAGUUGUCCACCCUCAGUGAUCUGAAGCGUCAUAUGUCCAUGCUCCACAUUACCGAUAAACCUUUUCCCUGCAAAAGAUGCGGCAAAACUUACAGUUCUAAGAAGACUUUAAGGAGGCACAAUGUCUCAAUCAGAUGCAAAAAGAUUUCAAAGGAAAGUGUGGCACCUGUCAAGAAUGAUGUUCAAACCCAACCAUGCAGAGAAACAUCCAAACUUCUGCAACGUAUACAGGUGCACUAUAUGAAUAAAUUUAAAUACCAAUGCGAGUAUUGCCCUCGACGCUUUAAACUAUCGGGGCAGCUAAAGGUACAUCUACGUCUUCAUACAGGGGAAAAACCAUAUGGCUGUGCCAACUGUGGAGAGCAUUUCAUCCGAACAGACUAUUUGAAACGGCACUUCGCUAAAUGCAGCGGUAAGGGAGAAAAUCAUGAGAAAAUUCUUUGUGAUAAGUGUGGUGACCUGUUCACCCAGGAUGCGCUGUAUGUACAUCAGAAGACUUGUGUCAUUAGCUCAAAAUCAUCCGAAUCAUCUCAACAGGUAAAUGAUAAAGUCAAGAACCCCACCAAGAUUAAAAGUUUUUCCUGUGCUAACUGUAGUGAACGAUUUUUAUUGUUCUCACAACUCCAGCAACAUUUUUUAGCAAAGCAUAGAUCUGAUCAGCCACAACAUAAAAUCAAUCAGCAGCAAUUGGUAUCCGGUCAUGUGCAAGUCAUAAAACAAGAGCAGGUCGAUGAGGGGUAUGGACAGAACCAAGAAAGCAGCAGUGAGAUAAAUGUGCUGGAGCAACGUGCAUGUUCAAACACAGAGGUUAUAAAGCCUCUUAAAUGCCCACAUUGCACCAUGCGUUUUUCCAGGAGCACUGGCCUUGGUAUGCACAUGCGCAUACAUAAGGGAGUUUACCCACUUUCUUGCACAAAAUGUCAUGUUGGUUUUUGGACCAGAAAGACAAUGGAGAAACACAGGAGAAAAUGUACAGGCCACACACUUAUCUCAAAUAAUGGGUCUGCAAUUGAAAGUGGGGGUGACUUAAAUGACACCGUUCUAGUAUUUAACAAGGGUUCUAAUACAACAGGAACUGGAGUACUACAGACUAAAUUCUCAUGUAAAGAUCAGGACCAGGACAAUGAGGCAGAGAAAGGGGAUGUAUCUGUUCACAAGUAUCAGUGUUCUGAGUGUGAUCAGAGUUUUACUGAUGGACUGAGACUUAUAAGUCAUUUGGAGGAACAUGGCCGUGAGGAUCAAGAGCGCAGAUCUGACAUCCACAGAUGCUAUGUGUGCAAUAAAGUCUUUGCUCAAGCUGGUACAUUGCAAAGGCAUAUGAAAAUGCAACAUAAUGAAAAGAUGAAUUAUACUUGUGAAAUUUGUUGCAAGAAUUUUCGUUUUCCAUCUGACCUGGACAUUCAUAGAUCUUGUCAUGACCCCAGUCGUCCCUUUGCCUGUAAUUAUUGUAAGAUGCGUUUUUUGACUGCUAAAGCCCUGACUAUUCACCAAAGGAUGGCUCAUUUGCAUGCACAACCAUCCAACUCAAACGAAUCUAGUGUGAAAGCUAGAGCGGAGCAGCCUGAAAUAUAUAGGUGUGAGCCAUGUGACAAAACCUAUACAAUAAAAAGGUCAUACAUGAAGCACUGCAAAAUAAAACACAAAGAGGACGUUAUCGAAACCUUGGCUGAUAACGAAUUGAAAAGAUCUUCUGGUAGUGCAAGUCAGGAAUCAGAUGAGGAAGACUCCAGAAAUUUUGAAGAUGAAGACGACAGUGACAAUGACUCUGAUUCAGCACCGUACUUUCCUUGCCAUGUUUGUGGUAAAACAUUCUUAACAUCAGAAAGUCUUGAAGAUCAUCAAAGAUGUCAUCUUGGCGAGAAACCCUUUGAAUGUGAAGAAUGUGGCAAGUGCUUUUUUCAGCUUGUGAACUUGCAACAACAUCAACGGUGCCACAAAGCGGAGUUUCAGUGUCAAAUGUGUGGUAAAGGUUUUGUCUCACUCUUCAGCCUGCGCAAACACAAGCAAGCGCAUAUCAAAAAGAGUCCGCACCGUUGUACCAAGUGUAACCUGAGCUUUACACGCUCUACGGAAUUAGUUGAGCACAUGGUUACCCAUCGUGAUGAGAACUUUCCAUGUGACCUUUGUGAUGAAACCUUUUCCUGCAAAACAAGUCGAGCAGAACAUCGCAAGAUGCACACAGAGCAAGAAGAAGAGCUUCCGCCGUUGAUUCCCCCCAACCCACCUCAAACAGUUCAAGUAACUCCUGCCAUUACAAGUAACAUUGAGCAGUACAAGUAUCGCUGUGGAAUUUGUCAAGUAAGAUUUCCAGAUCCAGAACAGCUCUCGGAACAUGGCUGCAAUCCAGCAAAAGAGCGACCAUACUCCUGUCCUGAAUGCAACAAGCAUUUUUUACAUGGUUCACACCUGAAAAAGCAUCAGCUCAGUCAUCAGUUGACGGGUCCACGGUCUUAUCAAUGUAAUCACUGCAGCAUGAGCUUCACCCACCACCACCUUUUUCUCACUCAUUUACAAAGCCAUGGGAAUGAAAAGGCUUCCAAGGACACCAACUUUCCUACCAGUGAAAAGAUCCGUGUGGAACCUGUGAAGCGUGACAAAAUUUACCAGUGCCCCAUAUGUCCAGAGAGUUUUUACCAAGCUUUGGACCUUGCGAAUCACCUCUCUGUUCAUUCUCACAUGUGCAGUGUUUGUAAUAUGACUUUUCCCACUAAGAAAGACCUUGAUGAACAUGAACAAUGCCAUUUGACUGCUGCUACUCAGUAUGAAUGCACAGAAUGUGGGGACAGCUUUCUUGGAAGUGAUGCUUUCCGCAAACACCACUGUAGUAACAGAAAUGUGAGCUUUUCAAAAAAACACUGUUCAGAGCUAUCUACCUCUUCCUCCAAGAAGCAGAGUUCAGGCACUCGUUUUCAAAUGGGUGAAGAAGAAGAAGAGGUUGAUGUUGGAGAAGACUUCAUAAUUUGUCCUAUCUGUAAAAGACGUUUCUCCUCCAACAGCAGUUUAACGGAGCAUCAUAAAAAGCAUCAUGAGGAUCCACGCCCAUUCAAGUGCUUGGUUUGUAAAAAAGGCUUUACGAAGAAACGUUACCUAACACAGCACCAGCAGAUACACAGUGAACGCCCUUACCAGUGUGAAGUGUGCUCAGAAUCCUUUAAAACAGAACCAGCUCUUGUAACUCACAGUAAACUGCACGAUGCAAAAAGGCAACACCAAUGCCCAAUAUGCAGCAGAACAUACCUUACAUCAAAUGAUCUUGCAAAACAUAAAAGAAAACAACAUGCUGAACAUCAAAGCCUGAGUGAGGACAACCGAGAAUACCGGUGUGAUAUGUGCUAUAAAUCCUUCACCAUGUUUGCUCAUUUGCAAAAGCAUCAAGAAAGCCAUGUAGGACAAGUGGUCUAUGAAUGCACAGAGUGUGACAAAGCCUUUGCUUUUCUAAAUCUUUUGGAGGAACAUCAGAGGACUCAUGGUGCUGCUUCUACAGAAUCUCUUCAGUCGCAAUCACCAACUCAGUUUCCCUAUCAAAGCUCAGUAAAUGAAUGAAGGUUAAAUUACUGAUGACUCAGUUUCCUGCAAUGCAGGUUAUUCAAAAUCAUUCAGUUUUCUGAACGUUAUUUGUUAAAAUAAACUGUACAUAAAAUUCAUUGUUUUUACAUAGGCCUAACUGCUUUUAUCCACUUUGAAAUACGAUAUUGGUGUUUUACCCUAGUUCAGAACUGGUCUGUUAAUGUUCAUAUAAUAUACUCUGACCUACAGUUCUGUGAACUGCUCACAAAUUUUUCUUUGUACAGUACUUAGACUGACGUAAAUUUAAAUGUAUGUGAUCUAGAUGAUGUAUGGAACUAUAGGCAUAUGUGCAUGAAUGAAGUUGUUGGGAGAUGUUGAUGUUCCACAGUACAGUUCACAAUGAUGUAUAGUAAAUCCUGCAUCAUUCCUUCAUUUUUGACCUUGCUUUAAAUAUCCUUAUGAAGCUUAGAUAUGUAGAAUAAUGUUCAUAUUUCAUAGUUAUGAUCAGCAAUGUUAUAUUUUUUUUGUGUGUAAACAUUUAAGGUCAUGUUAAGGGGUUAUUACACAGGUUAUACUGUAUAUGAUGUAAAUGCCUUUUGAGUUCUAUUACAUAAUCCAGAUUAACCUUUUUCUUGAGAAAAGUCUAACUUCAAUGGCUUCCCUCAAAAUUAAACUCCAUUCUGUAUGUUUUAAUCUACCUUAUUGUUGAUUCAUGUCUAUUAAAACUGAUGUUUAGUUUUACUUUUAUAUGGCAAUGUUGAGAAUUCCUUCAAAUAGUAAAAACGUUUACAUUU